GAUACAUAUAAUGACGUCAUUAGAAAGCGCCCCUGAAGCUAGCCGUGCAGCUAGCAACGUUAGUUCACGUUUCGAAAGGAGGAUGUUGACAACUUCACACCUCAUGCUGGUGGAUAUGUUAUCUCUUUAGAUGGUCCACCGACCGCCCCGGUACCGAGGAGUCGUUUGCUUAAGUCUCAACCGGCAGUCGUGAUGGCACAGCAGAAGGACUUCUCGCAAAACCUUCUGACAGACGGAAUGAAAACCAGCAAUGGCGGCUUCGUACCGCCAGCCGGGUUGUGCUGGAUAUCGGUGCUAGCCUGUCUGCUGCUGGCGUGUUCAUAUGUCGGGAGUCUGUACGUGUGGAGGAGUGAGCUGCCGAGGGAUCACCCCACUGUGAUAAAGAGACGCUUCACCAGUGUACUCAUUGUGUCGGGCCUGUCGCCUCUCUUUGUGUGGGCAUGGAGAGAAUUCACAGGUGUCAGGACUGGCCCAUCGUUACUUGCUCUUAUGGGGAUCCGGGUUGAAGGCCUCAUCCCUGCAAUCAUACUUCCUCUGAUGCUCACCAUGGUCCUGUUUCUGGGCCCACUCAUGCAAUUAGCGAUGGACUGUCCUUGGAGCUUCAUGGAUGGGGUCCAGGUGGCUUUGGACCCGUCGUUCUGGAUGUUGUGCUUCAGUGAUAUGCGCUGGUUAAGGAAUCAGGUUGUGGCGCCGCUGACUGAGGAGCUGGUGUUCAGGGCCUGCAUGCUGCCCAUGUUGGUGCCCUGUGCCGGGCCUCUGGCCUCCAUCUUCACCUGCCCGCUCUUCUUCGGAGUGGCUCACUUCCACCACGUGAUCGAGCUGCUGAGGUUCAGACAGGGGACGUUGUCGGGGAUCUUCCUCGCUGCAGUGUUCCAGUUCUCCUACACGGCGGUGUUUGGGGCCUACACCGCCUUCCUCUUCAUGAGAACGGGUCACCUGAUGGGCCCAGUGCUCUGCCACUCCUUCUGUAACUACAUGGGUUUCCCGGCUAUCACCACGGCAAUGGAGCACCCCCACCGCUUCGCCGUUCUCUCCUCCUACCUGAUGGGGGUACUCCUCUUCCUGCUCUUUCUGUUCCCUUUCACUGACCCCUCCUACUAUGGCCUCCCCACACCGGUGUGCACCCUCACCUCCUCCCCCAGCUCCCUCUGCCUCUCCUGACCUCCCGCCCCUCCCCUGCGCAUACUUCUCUAGUUUUGUCACGUCGUGUUUUUUUGCCAAGUUAAGAGUUCAGCUAAGAACUCUGCUUAGGAAGGUGGGGGUGAAUGUCCACCUGUAUCUUUACAAAAAGCACGUCCUUGCAGAAACAAAGUGACAUCACAAAGAAGUCUGCUUUCAUCUUCUGUAUCUGCAGAAGCUGUAGGCAUACAUUAGUGCUGUGGCAGCUGUCUAUUUUUAUUCAUUUAUUAAUCCAACAAAUGUGACCGAAUACCGUGCCAUGAUAUUUCUCAGCAUGCUCAUGCUGUAAUGUAAACAUUGGCCAAUCCAUCAGUUUUUAAACGGCAACAUCUUGGCAUUGGCCAAAUAAAUCCAGUAUUCGCUGGGCUGUCUUUUAGAUUCACCACAAACAAGGUUUAUAUAAUCAGUUGGUUUGUUCACAACUUAUCUGACCAUGUCCACGCCCCCCCACUCGUCCAAUAGAAAGCAUGGCCAGAUCUAUCAUCAUAAUGCUUACGUGGUAGCCUUUUGAUACAGGCAGGGUUUUUGGGGUUGGUUUGGGCUCUGUUUGCUGUGUGAGGCUGGUCUUCGGAUGUGGAUCUUAAACUAUCUCAUGCUAGUUGGGUUCAGGUGAAUCCUAAGGAUGUGGGUACAGGCCUGGUGUCUCCUUAUAGACUUGAAUUGUCCUUCUGAUGCCUUUUAGCAUCUCUGGAGUGACGACACAUGGAAUCCCUGUUGGAAAAUGCGGUUCUCUUAUGGCUGCACUGCAUUGUGGGGGUAUAAAUGUUCACAAAUCCCCCUCCUGCUGUAGCUGCACUGCAGCACAGGAACGUUGGUGUGAUGUUGAAAUAAGAAGUACGUUCUAUGAUGUUAUGGGCUUGUUCGUGACGGCCACAUUUUAUCUGGAGUACUUCUCUGCUGUAGAGAAAUGUUGUUCUCAUACCGUGAAGUACUACUUAGUAAUAUACUUCAAGGGUUUCACUGCUGCUGGUCGGGUUCUAUUCAAAGUGUUCAAAUUAUUUUCCCCCAAGUUUUAGGGUUUAGUGCCGACACUAUCUUGAAUGUGUGUGUUUUUGUUUAGGCUGAAACUUUUGUUUCUCUAGGGUUCUUCCUAUAAUGUUGUCGCACACUUAAAUUAAGUUUUAGUCUGUUGUGGUUUAAAAAAAAAAAAAAAACUUUUA